AUUUUAUUUCGCAUUUAGUUCUGACAGCCACAAAAUUAUAAGCCAAAUUAAAAGUCAAAAUUGUAUAAAAAUAGAAUAAAAUGUCGGCGGGAAUGAUGGAAAGCACCAUUGCGGAAGAAUCCCUUUCCGAAAAGCAAGAAGUCGAAUCUAAACCAAAAUUGUCCGAAUCACAAUCGAUAUCGGUCAAAUUCUCAAAACUGAGCGCAUCGAACAACUCGUCCCACUCUUCGGAAGAAAAAGUUAUGAUGGUCUCCAAAACCCAACAGGUUACCGUAUGUGAUGAAAAACUGUGCGAAAUGGUACCGGAAGGCGAUAAGCGAGACUAUCAGUCGAUCAUGUUCGAGGGGGACUGUGAAAGUAGAAUCGAAGAUGAGGAGAAAAACGACGAAUCAGAGGUUCCGUACGUUGACUCGGAACCACCAUUCAAGAAGAAUAGGCGUGUUCAAGUCCCUUCAUCAGAUAUUACAACAGGCAUAUCGAGCAUUGAACCAUCCCCGAAGAAAUUACCCAAGAAAAAGUUGCACGAUCCUACACCGCAAAAGAUAGGAGUCUUGGUGGGUAUCCCAUGUCGACGUAAGUCAUCCAUAAAUGGCAGCUCCGAAACUCUGCAGCUAGAACUGUUGAAGCACUUUUCGCUGAUUUUUCUAUUCUCCCGUUUGAAGAACCCGAUGAAAUGGGAUGCGACUACAUUUGAAGAGAUUCGAUCGUUGGGCGAGUCGAUUGACUCCUCGUCGGUCACCACAAAGUUUAGCGUUGAUUACCAGGAGCGGAACUAUCACUUGAGAUUGACGAGCACGGUAGCAAAAGGACGUAUCAAUUCCAAAGAUGCUCCUCCACCGACGUUCAAGGGCGCGCUAAUCGAACACGUGUCUAGUUACAGUGGACUGGUUGUGAAAUGCGAAACGAACUACAUGAUGCUCUGGAGGGUUUCUGACGGCUAUUACCUUUACGAUCCCUGCCUGAACGAGGUUUCUCAAUUGAUAUUUUUCAAUAGUCUCAAGUUGUUGAUGGAGUUUGUACUGGAGACGAAACAGCUAAACGAUCGGUCCAAGUUCUACAUGUCCAAGAUUUCGUGGCAUUCGGUCGAUGAUGGUAUGCUCGUAACGCUGAAGAGGAAGUCACGAGUUGCCAAGAAAUUUGAAAUUCUCAACGCUAAGGAGGCCUUACUGAUGGGUGAUCGAUUCUUCAAAAAAGCGGGAUACAAGUUGGAAUCGCUGAGAGUUUCUCUGAAUGCAAUCUACCAGUCUGAGAAACUGGGUGCCCGAUCGUGGGAUGCUGGCAAUCUGAAUAGUUUGUUCGACGGUCAAAUGAACGACAAGGAGAUCAACAAGCUCGGCGUAUUUCUUUUGGAGGAGGGGCAAGAAGAAAGCUUCCUCUUGGACAAAGUCAGAUUGAUUCGAUUGGACGUUGCCUUUGGAUAUACGGAACGAGAGCCGUUCGAGUUGUUGAUCAAUCGUUUCUUGGCCAUUCGGGUUGCCAUUAUCUUGCGGGUAGAAGAGUACUACUUCGCAAUCUGGAGUAGCGAUAGCAUUUUGUACUGGUUUUCGCCAUUCCGGUACGAUGCUUUGAAACUGGACCCAGAAGAAUUGGAAGACAAGGCCAGUUUCCUGUUUGCAUUCGGCUCACUGGAUAGAUUGUCUACGGUGCUGUUUGAAUAUCUUACCGAAAUCGGGCUGCUACCCAGUCACAAGGUGCACGUAUUCACGGUGGAUGGUGAAGCUUUUGGGAAAGCAGUACGUCUGCCGUUGGUCGAUAGCAAAGAUUCGUUGAUGCGCAGCGAGCUGGAGAUCAACGUUCCAGAGGGUUCCAAAAUGAAAGAAUACGUUCAGAUUGGGGAUUUGCCGCCGAUGACACUUUCGGAAGCUAAACUGUGCCGCAUCAUGUUGCGCGAAAUUAUGGGUGGUGCUGAAAAGCGUUAUGACGAAUAAAUUGAAAUAAGAAGAGAA